CUCAAUCAACAUAGAUUAGGGUUCACUUUCCGUCUUCUUCGACUGAGCUCAAGCCCCUGCAACUCAACUACUGUUUUCGAUUUUCGCAGGUUUAGACUUCGGCAACUGCUGCUGCUCCUACAAAAGGCCGAGGUUUUGAGACUUCUGAGAGUAAGAAAUAUCUGUCUUUUAGGUCUUUCACUUGCUAUGGAUCCAGAAGCUGCACGUAAUGCCCGAGAAUCGCUGGAGCUGGCAUUUCAUAUGUCAAACAUUCUCGAGACAGGGCUUGAUCGUCACACCCUUUCCAUCCUCAUUACCCUAUGUGACAUGGGCUUGAAUCCAGAGGCACUUGCUGCACUUGUUAAGGAACUCCGUAGGGAACCUUCUUCGUCUCCCUCUACAACCACAAACCCAUCAUCAGCUCCUUGAACAGGAGAAUAUUGAUGUUCAUGGUGGAAAACAGUAAGCUGGUGGGAACCCAUUGUAGUCCUGGCUGAAUAUGGAUUUACUUCAGACUGGUCUAACAUGCUUACUAUAUUGAAAUGUUUUGGCACCAUACAUUCAUAUUUUGUAUUAAAUUUGGCUUAUAGAGGUUCUUGGAAGUGAGUUCUUGGGUUUUAUCUAGCAGCCAUAACUGUAAUUUGUAUUUGUCGUGGACCGCUUGGUGUUUCUAUCUGGAGCAGGGGAUUGAUUUUGCCGCUUGGUGUUUGAGGUUGAAUUGUAAUUCAGUUUGUUAAUUGUGUAACCAUCUCUUGGACUUAAAUAUUCAAUUCAGACCUUUCUGCA